UAGACACUUUUGUCUCAUGCGCCAUGAGAGUUUUGCAUAUUCUCGGUCCCCUCUUCGCGGGCUUCUCGGUUGCCAAUAUCGUGUUGCACAAGGCACAACCCACAUGUGAUUACGCUGCAGGCACCUAUCAUCAAUGUUUACGAGGCCAGCGGUGCACCGAACGAAAUGAGUAUGGGAUUUUAUGACUCUAGAUGGGGUAUAGCUCACAGCUACUAGAUGUGAAGCCGCUCACGUUCGCAAUUAUCCACGGCCAGUAUCUAUAAGAGGAGACCUUACAUUACUGGCCCGAGCGCCACGAGACGACGGAAGAUGCGGAGCGGCAUUUGAGGGCACACUAUGUAAUAGACGCGGGCCAUUUGGGGGAUGUUGCAGUAAGACUGGCUUCUGUGGCAGGUCUGACAACCACUGUAUGCAAUCGAAUGGAUGUCAGAGCGGAUGUCGACUUUCGAAGAACGACGCAGAGGACGAGAACCACAAUGAUGACGGACCUACACAGACAUCACCCCCUAGAGAUGAUGGGAGGUGUGGGAGAUUCUUCGGCGGAGCGAUUUGCGAUCCUAAUGGGAAGCACGGGGGAUGCUGCUCUGAAUAUGGCUAUUGCGGUAACACUGAUGGUCAUUGCUUACCUCCUUCCUGUCAAAGUGGAUGUAGGACUGCUACAGCAUCAGCAACUGGGCCAACCGAUACGGGCGAACCAGUGCUGGCUAGACCAACCACAGCCACUGGACCUCAACCUACAGGCGCAAUAACAACCGAUGGUAAUUGCGGCGUCGAUUUCAACUAUACCAUGUGUGGGGACUGGUACAAAGGUCGUUGCUGCUCAAUGUAUGGGUAUUGUGGAAGCACGAGUUCCCAUUGUGGAGAAGGUUGCCAGAGACAAUCCGGCGAAUGUGAGGGUGUUGAACCUGCUCCCGGACCGCGGCCUGCGCCAAUACAUUCUAAUCCUGGUUCUUUUAAGCAAAUAGCGGAUUCAGGUGUCCCAGCCAUGCAUGCAGGACUUUUACCCAACGGAAAAGUGGCUUUUUACGAUAAAGUGGAGAACUAUACCCAAUUGAAACUCGAUAAUGGGCAGUACGCUUAUGCUGCAGAGUAUGACCCAUCGAAUGGAAGGGUUACUGGUCUUUCAUACAAGACUAAUGCAUUUUGUGCUGGAGGCGUUUUCUUGGCUGAUGGGACUUUCCUUUCUAUCGGCGGGAACGGGCCUCUGGAAUUCAUCGACAGAACGGUCGGCGACGGUUUUCGAGGCUUGCGCUUCUUGCGCAGAUCAAUUGAUCCCUCCAACCACGACGACAAAGACUGGGAAGAACCUGGCAAGAAGCUCAAUACUGCUCGUUGGUAUGCAAGUGCUCAGAUAAUGGCAGAUGGCAGAGUGUUCGUUGCAUCUGGCUCAUUCAAUGGGCUCAACCCAUCCGUAUCAGCAAACAACAACCCAAGUUUUGAGAUAUUGUCCCGUGAGGGUGCUCCGACUACCCAGUCUAUACGAAUGGAGUUACUCGUCCGGGCUCAGCCCUACUACAUGUAUCCGUUUAUCCACCUGAUGCCAGACAGUAAUUUGUUCAUCUUCGCCUCAAAGUCGAGUGAACUCUUCAAUUCAGGACUUAAUCGGACCAUCAGGGAAUAUCCGGAUCUUAUUGGUGACUAUCGCACCUAUCCUAACACUGGAGGCUCUGUACUUCUUCCCCUAUCAUCUUCAAAUAACUGGGCAGCAGAGAUCCUGAUCUGUGGAGGCGGCGCCUAUCAAGAUAUUGUCUCUCCGACAGAACCAUCGUGUGGCCGUAUCAUGCCUUUGUCACAGGAUCCAAAGUGGGAGAUGGAUGCAAUGCCGGAGGGCCGUGGCAUGGUCGAAGCUACACUUCUUCCUGAUGGCACUGUGAUAUGGCUCAAUGGAUGCAACUAUGGUGCUCAAGGAUUUGGUCUUGCGAAAGAUCCGACAACAGAAGCGCUCAUAUAUGACCCAGCAAAGCCACUUGGGCAGCGAUUUAGCCGCGGUGCAAGAAGUCCCAUUGCUAGGCUCUACCACAGUGUAGCACUUUUGCUUCUUGAUGGUACAGUUCUAGUCGCAGGAAGUAAUCCCGUGGAGCAACCAAUUCUUCGACCCAGUGCUCAGAAUCCAUUUGUCACAGACUUCAGAGUCGAGAUCUAUACACCGCCCUAUCUAUCAGGUGACAAUGCGCAGAAACGUCCAAUCAAUGUCCAUCUUGGCUCGAAGAACUUGGUAGCAAAAACGAAUUCGAAAUUCACAAUCACCUUUUCCGCUGUAGAUGGUGCACGAGGAGCAAAGAUUGCGCUAUACCACGGUGGAUUCGUGACACAUAGCUUACACAUGGGCCAUCGGAUGCUUUUCUUGGAUCACACCGGAUGGUCACAAGGAGGUCGAGAUCAGACGCUCGAGGUCAGCAUGCCCGACGACAAGAAUCUCGCGCCACCCGGGCCUUAUGUGGUUUAUGUGCUUGUGGAUGGGGUGCCAGCAAUCGGGCAGACGGUGCUGGUGAGCUAAAGCUCCUCGGAGGAUAUAUUUUGGAAGAAUAGAUUGCAUCGAAGAUAGAAGGGAAUGUUAUAUGCGAUACAUACCAGCGCUGCAUAUCCGAUCAGGCCACAAGUGCGCUGUUGGCCAGAGGCGCAAAGGUAUGUCGAGGUU